CUGAUUGCUGUGGCAUCCUGCCCGUCCCCGCCCGCGUGUGUGUGAGGGCGAGCGAGUGCGCUGGGUCGGCCCGAUGGGGGUAAUCGAGGGUUUCAGGGAAGCCGAGUGGCGCUUUCCUCUUCCGAGUGAGUGAGUGAGGGAAGACGACGGCUCUGGUGCCCGGCCACUUUCCCUGCGUGAUUCCCGGAGCUCCCUGCAGGACCUGAAAGUCGGGUUGGGUCCGGAUGGCGUAGUUGCGCCGCGGCACUGCAGCUGCCGGAGUUCGCGGCCGCCGUGCGCUGGGCGGGGAAACUCGCCUCUGCUUUUCUCCAACUUGCAGCGGGUGGAUCUCCGCUUGACACACCGCCUCCGAGGCAAUUUGAAAAUUGGAAAGGAAGAUUUUAAGGCCACUUCUGAUUUGGAAAGGCUGUCUGUGAUCUGAAGAAGUACAAGCUGAAGUGACUGAAUGAGACACACUUUUGGAGAAAUAAAAAUGACUUCUCAUUAUGUGAUUGCCACGUUUGCCCUGAUGAGUUCCUGUUUAGCCACUACAGGUCCAGAGCCCAGCACCCAGUGUGAACUGUCGCCCGUCAAUGCCUCCCAUCCGGUCCAGGCCUUGAUGGAGAGCUUUACCGUCUUGUCAGGCUGUCCAGCAGGGGAGGUGCACGUCCUAAACCUCCGUGCCGCCGACCAGGGACCUGGCCAGCCGCAGAGAGAGGUCACUCUGCACCUAAAUCCCAUCUCCUCAGUCCACAUUCACCACAAGCCUGUUGUGUUCCUGCUCAACUCCCCACAGCCCCUGGUCUGGCACCUGAAGACAGAGAGGCUUGCAGUUGGGGUCUCCAGACUUUUCUUGGUGUCUGAGGGUUCUGUGGUCCAGUUUUCAUCAGGAAACUUCUCUUUGUCAGCAGAAGCAGAAGAAAGGCACUUCCCCCAUGGAAAUGAGCAUCUGUUAAAUUGGGCCCGAAAGGAGUAUGGAGCGGUCACUUCAUUCACCGAACUCAAGAUAGCACGAAACAUUUAUAUUAAAGUGGGAGAAGAUCAAGUGUUCCCUCCCACAUGCAACAUAGGGAAGAAUUUUCUCUCUCUCAAUUACCUUGCUGAGUACCUUCAGCCCAAAGCAGCAGAAGGGUGUGUGAUAUCCAGCCAGCCCCAGGAUAAGGAAGUACACAUCAUCGAGUUAAUCACCCCCAACUCUAACCCUUACAGUGCCUUCCAGGUGGAUAUAAUAAUUGACAUAAGACCUUCUCGAAAGGAUCCUGAGGUGUUCAAAAAUCUCAUCUUGAUCUUGAAGUGCAAAAAGUCUGUCAACUGGGUUAUCAAAUCUUUCGAUGUUAAGGGAAACCUGAAAGUUAUUGCUCCUAACAGCAUUGGCUUUGGGAAAGAGAGUGAGAGAUCCAUGAUAAUGACCAAAUCAGUAAGAGAUGAUAUUCCUUCAACUCAAGAGAAUCUGAUCAAGUGGGCCUUGGACAAUGGCUAUCGUCCAGUGACAUCAUACACAGUGGCUCCUGUGGCUAAUAGAUUUCACCUUCAGCUUGAAAACAAUGAGGAGAUGAGAGAUGAAGAAGUCCAUACCAUCCCUCCUGAGCUACGGAUCCUGCUGGACCCUGGCACCCUGGACAACCCACCCAUCCAGGGAGGGGGAGGCAGGAAUGGAGGUUUCCCCUUUCCUUUCCCGGAUAUCCCCAGGAGAGGCCAGAAGGAAGUGGGAGAAGAUGGGAUCCUCCAGCCAAAAGACCCUGUCAUCCCCAGCUUACGACUAUUUUCUGGUCCCAGAGAGCCUGAGGAGGUGCAAGGGAGCAUAGAUGUUGCCUUGUCAGUCAAAUGUGACAAUGAGAAGAUAAUCGUGGCUGUAGAAAAAGAUUCUUUUCAGGCCAACAGCUACUUGGGGGUGGAGGUCACCCUGUUGGAUCCUACCUGCAAGGCCAGGAUGAAUGGCACACACUUCAUUUUGGAGUCUCCCCUGAAUGGCUGUGGUACUCGGCACCGGCGGUCAGCCCCUGAUGGUGUGGUUUACUAUAACUCUAUUGUGAUACAGGCUCCAUCCCUUGGGGAUAGUAGUGGUUGGCCAGAUGGUUAUGAAGAUUUGGAGUCAGGUGAUAAUGGAUUUCCAGGAGAUAUGGAUGAAGGAGAUACUUCCCUCUUUAGCCGACCUGAAAUUGUGGUGUUUAACUGCAGCCUGCCACAGGUGGGGAAUCCCAGCAGCUUCCAGGACCCACCCAACAGAAACAUCACCUUCAGCAUGGAGCUGUACAACACUGACCUCUUUCUGGUGCCCUCCCAGGGGGUCUUCUCUGUGACAGAGAACGGACACAUUUAUGUUGAGGUGUCUGUUACCAAGGCUGACCAAGAACUGGGAUUUGCCAUCCAAACGUGCUUUAUCUCUCCGUAUUCGAACCCUGAUAGGAUGUCUGAUUACACCAUCAUUGAGAACAUUUGUCCUAAAGAUGAAUCUGUGAAAUUCUACAAUCCCAAAAGAGUGCACUUUCCCAUCCCGCAAGCUGAGAUCGAUAAGAAGCGAUUCAGCUUUGUUUUUAAGCCCAUCUUCAACACCUCGCUGCUCUUUCUACAAUGUGAGCUCACAUUGUGUACCAAGAAAGAAAAGGUCCCUCAGAAGUUACCUAAGUGCGUGCCUCCUGAUGAAGCCUGCACCUCUCUGGAUGCCUCAAUGAUCUGGGCCAUGAUGCAGAACAAGAAGACAUUCACCAAGCCCCUUGCUGUGAUCCAUCAUGAAGUAGAAUCUAAAGGAAUAGGUCCAAGCAUUAAGGAACCGAAUCCAAUUUCUCCACCCGUUUUCCACGGCCUAGAUACUCUGACUGUGAUGGGCAUCGCGUUUGCAGCCUUUGUGAUUGGAGCACUCCUAACGGGGGCCUUGUGGUACAUCUAUUCUCACACAGGGGAGACUGCAGGACGGCAGCAAGUCCCCACCUCCCCACCGGCCUCGGAGAACAGCAGUGCGGCCCACAGCAUUGGCAGCACGCAGAGCACACCCUGCUCCAGCAGCAGCACAGCCUAGCCCAGCCUGGCCACUGCCAAGUGCCGGACCUGACCACACAUGUAUCCAGACUCCAGAAAGGCUUGAUUGUGGUUGCCGUGUAAAGAGAGAGUGAAUUUCAGUAUAAACAUCACCUGUUGUAUUCACCAUCCCCCUAUCCAGGGCUAAUCUAAAUGCAACCCCUGGGCUUCUAUAACACACUAGAGUUCAUGUGAGAAAGCUAAGGUGGUGGCCUUCUCCACCAGCCCCUCACAGGCUUGGGGGUUUUCAAUGUGAAACACAUGCCAGUUUUUUAAAUGCUGCUUUGUCCAGGUAAGAACAUCCAUAAUUUGGGGCCCUGAGUUUUACCCAGACUCGAGUUGGUAAAAAGGAUAAUAGCUAGGCAGUAGAACCAAUGAGAUGUGGCCAAAAAAUUUUUUUAAUAACUGAACCAAGAUGUAAAACAAAAGAAAGGCUUCAAGACCUCCUAAGUGCUUUCCUCCAUGUCUAAUUUGCACCUCUGGAUGCACACUUCUCACUUUGCUGCCACAUCCUGUGGGGGCUGGUGUGUCUGCUUGAUAGGUGCUGCCCUCAGGGACUAUAUCCCAACACACAUCAGGCAACAUUCCUUUCUUGUGCCCUGGGCCAGAACCGAUGCUGAUUACCGUAUCAGCUUCCUCCUCCUCCCCACACUAGCACACUGACUGCAAAAAACGUCUUAAUGCAAAUUUCGUAUUUCUUCAUAGACACGUAGAAAUUGAAAAUGGCCAAAAUCUGGGACUGCAGAUGUAGGCCCAUUUAUGAUAUUUUGCUCUGAUAAAUUAAUGUGUAAGUUGGGGCAAAAUUCAGUUGUAAAGUUGAGGAAUUUGCUCAGUGCUAUAUAUGCCAGUAAAAGUAUAUAAUAUAUCAUCUGGCACAUUCAUUUUUUCCGUGAAGAAGAAAAAUUCAUUCUCCCUUUAAAAAUUUUUUAUGCCUUCAGAGUUGAAACUUAUUCUUAAAUAUAUUUGGGAGAAUUGGUGUUUCCACUCGAAACAUGUCAACCUUUUUAAUAGACCCUUUUUUAAAAACCAUGCUCUUAUAAGAUGCAAAUGCUUGGCAGAUCCUCUUAGAUUCCACUUGGUUAUCGGAACAUUGUCACCAGUUCUGCCAAGAAAGUACUGAGAUGUGGGCACUCAUUUGGGUUGCUUUAGUUCUCCUGCCUUAAAUAUAUCCCAAACUCAAAAAGAGUUUGAGGUGGAAUAAUGGAAUAAAACGGAAUAAUAUGAUGCCACUUUGCAGCUAAAAUAAGCUCAACUGAUACCUCUAUGUUAAAAAAAGAAAAGAAUGCCUGAGGAAAAUUUCCAUGCCAAAUCAUUUACUACUGAGGAUGGCUUCGUAGCAAAUAAAUAUUAUUCUUUUUCCAGAUCACUACACCCCAAACAACUCAGAAUUUACAAAUAGAGCAGGCUAGAUUCUACCCCAAAAUAUUCAUAAGCAAAUCUCACUGCCUUUAAAAUAAGGAAAUUGUGCCUGGUUCUCUAUGAAUGGAACCUUAGGUAGGAAAUGUUGAUGCUACCCAAGACCUAAGCACAGCGUCUGCAAGACAGAUGGAGGCUAGCAACCAUCGCUACCACAUUAUAGAGUAAUACUCUGAUUGAUUUGAUAGGUGUAGACAAUCAAGUUGAUUUUAACCAAAACAUUAUUUGAGGGCUAAGAUUUCUAGUCUAUCUACCUUGAUAAUUGUGCAUAUUUUCACAUACAAAUGAAAAUAGGUGAUUAGAGAAUUUUUUUUCCUUUUGGUUAACUUUUUUUAACAUAAAGGUAUCAGAGUGGAGGACCUAGAUUACGCUACCUGUGUUUGAAAAUAAUGCGCUUUGCCUAACCUUCAGCAGAAUGUAUUGUUUUAGCAUAUUCUAUGUAUGAAAAAGUUUAAAGAUGUCUUCAAAGAAGACUAGAGUCUUUAAGUCACUUAUAGCUAUAUUUUACUACAAAAAGUUUGUGUAUAAAGAUAUAUUUAAGUGUUUUAGAUUUUAAAAAAAGUUACUCCAUAUGAAAUGUAUAAUUUCAGUUACUGUGAAUUCUUUUGAUCAGUUCUUUGCUUUUUAAAACACCCUUUUCUUCCCGUUAAAAAGAAAAUUAGCUAUUGAGAGGUAUUAAAAAAUCCAUUUCUUAGAUGGACAGGGUUAAAACUAAAACCUUUUGUAAUAUAUUUAAAUGUGUAUUUUUGAGAGAGAUGCUGCAUCGCCAUUGAUUUUAUAAGUAAUUUAAAAUUAAUUUACAAAUUUAUAGAUGCAAACCAAAAGAUUUUAAAAGAAAAAGAAGAAAAAAGUCAACUUUUAUUCGUUUAGGUCUUAUUGUCAAAAGUAUUAUUCAGAUCAAGAAAUCCAUGUUGAUGAAACGAUCCCAUGUUAAUUGGAGAGUGAAUGUCACUAAGUAUUUCUGAAAGUUUUCUAAAAAUGAACAUUAAAAAAAUAGAGUUUUCUCCCUAGCUUCUUGUUAAACAGCAUUUUCAAUUGCUUCAUACUUCAUUAUUUUAAUACAGAAUAUGAGCUCAACUUUAUAACAUGUUCUCCAAGUUUCUAUAAAACCGUUGUUAUAUUCCAGUUAAACUCUAUCUGCAAAGUCUUGUAACUUCUGCAGGCUACACCCUUAAUUCGCAGAGGCCAUUUUGUUUUUGUUUUUAUUGAUGCUAAAGCUAUUAUUGAAAUGCUCUAAACUCCAAGGCAGAUUGUGUAACAUCCUAUAGCUUUUCACCAUGUGUUGUUUACCAGCUGUUACUGUUUUUUGUUGUCAGAAAUUGCUUCUGUCUAAGCUGUUUCUAUAGUAUUUUCUAAACAACAACAACAAAAAAUGGUUUUAUCCUUGUCUGUAAUAAGAUUGUAAACCCAUUUCCUGUGUGUGUUCUGUAGUGGGCAUGAUUGUGAGCGUGUGUGGGGGCACACACUUGUGCGCUGGUCUUUUUGUACUGUAACUACCUCAUGAUUUGAGUGAUGGUUGUACUGCUGGUUGUAUUAACAGAGCACAUUUUAUUGGGUGAAUCGUGUGUGAUUUUUUUCCUGUUUGUUUUAGGUGGGGGUUGUUCAUGAAACUGACAGAUGUUUCUUCUAAAAAGGACUAUUAUCAGUUUUCAAAUACAAUACUUCUCUUCUGGUUUUUCCUGAAUGAGCCUGAUUUUAUUGCUGUUUUUCAUCAUCUAUAAGGGUAAAAAGAGUACCCUUGAAAUCCCUGUGGCCAGUUUGAACACCCCUGUUGUACGUAGUCUUUUUUCUGUUCAGUGUGUCGGCAGUUUUGUGAACAUGCUUAGAUGUAUAGUUUUGAUAACCACAGUUUUAAGUACUUUAUCUGUGCAUAAUAAAAGAUAUAUAUCAAUUAUUAAUAUA